CAGCGUUACAGACAUCUGAAAUAACAAGUAACAAGGAAGAAGCGUUACGCUGAAUUAAUGGCAAGUAGCAGCAGCGCCGUGGCAAGAUAGGAGAAAGCCUGUUGUUGAUCAUUACGGUUUGAGGCUUGUGGUCUCCAUAUCAACAGAGGUGUCUUGAUUCAUUCUGAUUUCAGCAGGUCUCUUGCCCUCAACGCUCGCUCAACCAACUCGUCCUCUCCUCCCCUCCUAGGUCUCUUGCCCUCAUCUCCGCCAUUGCUGCAAACUUGGAGCUCAGAGAAAGCUACAGUCUCUUGCCCUCAUCGCCCCAUUGCUGCAAGCUUAGAGCUCAGAGAAAACUAUGGAAUCUAGCACUUGGACUGUGGCUCCCUUCAUUAGAGAUAGUUUUUCGAUGAUUGGUACUGCUGUUGGAGGGACUGCAAGUGCCUUCUAUGGGUUCAAUCAUGCGAUGCCUAUCGUACAAAAAUGGAUUAAAGGGCCUAUGUGGGUGCAUUUCCUUGUUGGCGCCCCACCAGUUAUACUCUUCUCUUCGACUUGUGCUGGACUUGCAGGUGGUGCGGUACCAGCUUUAUCACAACUUGCUGCUUCCUCCUUUCAUGCAGCUGUCUCGUCUCCAUUGACGCCGUCUUGCCGGGACAAUGAAGAUGCCAACAAAUCGACUCUUACUCAUCGAGAGUGAGGUUACUCUUAUUGAGACAGUAUAUAAACAUGAGAAUAUUUUUAUGAGGAUGAGGUAUUGUUGAGACAGUGCAUGGAAUUGUCGGAUCUGGCAUAGGAAUCGGUUGUCCUAUUUUGGUUUUGUGUAUGUAUUGAAAAACGGAUGAAUCUUGAAGGGAACCGACAGUUUGCACAGUAAAACAACAACUCAAUAGUAAAAUAGCGAUCAGGAUCGUAGGUACAUCUAUUCAGAGUAGGUUUUGGCAUGUUCAGUGUUUUUUGUAUUUGUUUAUACGGUUCAUUAUUUUUUCCACAUGGUAAAACGGUGAUUCAAGCUGUCGAUUCAUUCAUCGACCUGUCUUUUAAAUCAUUUGUUGACACUUGUAUUUUUCGUGGACGUCUUUUGUACCACUAUUGUUGGAUUAUACGACUCUUUUGAAUAAAAGCCAAUUUAGGAUUUA